GCGCAGCCAACUUAACAUCAUUUGUAAGCAAAUUUCUGCAGAGUCUUAAUCGAAAUUCACCGCAUUUAUUUGCUUCUGCCCCAGAAAAAAAGGAUUUUAAUAACAGCAACCGCAAAUAGGGCGGCAAAUAGUUAAGUUUAUUCCGUUUAAUAACCUUAAAUACGCCUUGCUUUAGUACUACGUAACAAAAUCUCAUUAUGGAUACCUAUUUGUUCGAUGGCGGUCGCAUUACCAAAAUGGAGGUGGACUAUGAACCUGCCUGCAAUGAGAAAAUCCCCAUGGCCAUGGAGUUGGCCAAAAAGAAUCCCGACGCCUUUCAUGAAGCGAUCGAAAUGAUGCUCCAGCUGGAGAAACAAACACGUCUGGGUGCUGACAUGGUAUCAUGUUCACGUGURUUGGUGGCCAUCUGCCAGAUAUGCCUCCAGGCWGGCAACUGGAAUGCAUUAAAUGAGUACGUCUCRUUGCUCGUGCGUCGCCGCUCGCAACUGAAACAGGCGGUGGUCAAGAUGAUCCAGGAAUGCUGCACAUAUGUGGAUAAGACGCCCGAUAAGGAGACCAAGCUGAAGCUGAUCGAUACAUUGCGUUCCGUAACCGAAGGCAAAAUCUAUGUAGAAAUUGAACGUGCACGUUUAACUAAAAUUUUAGCGGACAUUAAGGAAGCUGACGGAGAUGUGGCAGGUGCAGCUGCGGUCAUGGAAGAGCUGCAAGUAGAAACUUACGGCUCGAUGGACAAACGUGAGAAGGUYGAGCUGAUAUUGGAGCAAAUGCGUCUGUGUCUGCUAAAAGAGGACUAUGUGUCCACCCAGAUCAUCGCAAAAAAAAUCAGUAUCAAAUUUUUUGAUGAUCCA